AUGCACGGCUUGAAUGUGCCCAUCAGGAAGAAGGACAACAUACCCGCCACCGGCGGCGCCAUCGGGAGCGUAGGCUAUGGCGGGUCCGGCUCUGGAGACACGGGUUUUCCCUAUGAGUGCAAAGUGUGUCCAUUCGUUGAGGCGGUGUUUCAAAGAGAGAGCGCCCGAACCAACACCGCUGAGGGCACUAAACCCACUUGGAAUGAGACGUUUUCGCUUAAAUUCAAAGCCCCGGAGAGCGAUAACCUGUGCUCAAGUUUGGCCAAAAUAAGUGAUUGUAUUUAUUUGAAUCUAUUCGAUGAAGUGAUUCUCGACUCCGGAGAGACCAUUACCAGCGAUGGCCAGAAAGUGAUCCAUAAGCGGACCGAACGCCGGUGGUUGGGAUCUCUUAAGAUCCCCUUCUCUACACUAUAUCUCAAUUCAAAAAUUGAAGGUACGUUUAGUUUAAGCACACCAUUGGUGUUGUUAGGCUAUGAAUACGAUAACAAGAGUUAUCUCUUGGGAUCCGAUACCACCACAAAAAACACGUCUAAACAGACGUAUCUUACAUUGUUUGUCACAAUUGACCCAUCGCUACAAUCGCCCGAACCAUUGGUUAUAAAAUGCGAUACCGUAGAGAGUGAAUCGCUGGAACUGUACGCUAAGAAGUGGCAAAACAAACUCAAACAGGAGUUCCCGAACCGAUCUAUCAAGACGUUGGCCGUCAAUAUGGAGGCCAAAUCGGUGCUCGUGUGCCGAUACCUGCGGCCACUGAAACCGCCCGAAGAUUUUUUGGUCAACUUUAACGUCACGAACGACAUAAUGGCCCGAUUGGCCCGUUUCGUGUCACUCAUACCGAAAGUGCCCGACAGCGUAGCGCUUCCCGGUGUGUGCGACAUAUGGUGUGCUUGCGAUCAGUUCCUGGACAUGAUGUUAGGCGGCGAA